UUUUCCAGGAAGCGCCUCAAACCUCGCUUCUAAUGACUCUGUAUUUUCUUAUUAAUGGACAAAUGUAAAGGAUCUGCAACACACUAUUGUGUUUUUUGCAACUGUUUCCUGGUAUUGUAAUCUUAAGUGUUACGUGACAGUUCUUAAAUUGGAUUAGCCCUGAGUUAAGCCAGUGUAAAAUAAUGGAUGUAGCCUACUUCUUCCUUAGCUAGGCUGAUAGCUGGAACUAGUUGCUACUACGUUAACCACUGGAGUUCUCUGUUUUACUAACUUAAUGGUAGAAAUAUGCCUCGUUUGCUGAAUAACUUAUAAUUUGCUAGAAAUACCUGUGUGAUUCCUGACGUUACAGACAUUCAGUAACUUCCUGCAGUACUCCAAUCAGUUCAAGGAGACGAAAUUUCGUUAACAUGGAAAGCCACAGCCAAAGGUUUGAGUCCACCACAGGGCGAGACAGUAAGCAUCAAAAGAAGAAAGGUUCUCACAACAGCACGUCCGGGUUUGAUGAAGGAGACCGCAAACCAAAGUUUAACUUGGCCUUUAGAAACCUCACAGACGAUGUGCUGGACAGAUUUGCAAGUAUUCGAAUUCCUGGCAGCAAAAAGGAGCGUCCACCCCUAACGCUCUCGAAACAUACCCCCAAUGACUGGUCCACUGCUUCAGCAUCAACCCUCCAUCAUUUUGAGGAGUUCUCUUCAAAGAUCACCUCGGAAAAAGAGAUCUUGGCUCUGUUUGAGAAGAUGAUGGAGGACAUGAACUUGAAUGAGGACAAAAAGACUCCUUUGAGGGAAAAAGACCUCAAUACAAAGCGAGAAAUGGUCCUCCAGUAUAUUUUUGCAGCCUCCAAAGCAGGUAGCCUGAAGAAAAGCCAUCAGAUAUCACCGCAGGAAUUCCUCAGUGAGCUGAAGUCAGGAGUGAUGGACGAACGUCUGUUUGCCUGUCUAGACUCAUUGCGAGUGUCCCUGACAAGCAACCCUGUGAGUUGGGUGCAGAGCUUUGGGCAUGAGGGCCUUGGACUAUUGCUGGACAUUUUGGAGAAGUUGCUUUUCAAGAAACAGCCGGAGAAGAUUGACAAAAAAAACCAGCAUAAAAUUGUCCAGUGUCUCAAAGCCUUCAUGAACAAUAAGUAUGGCUUGGAUCGAAUUCUGGGGGAGGAGAAAAGCCUUGCCUUACUAGCAAGAACCAUCGACCCCAGCCAGUCUGCCAUGAUGACCGACGUUGUAAAGCUGCUAUCAGCCAUCUGCAUUGUUGGCGAGGAGAACACCUUGGAGAAGGUUCUUGAGGCCAUCACGACAGCAGGGGAGUGGCGAGCCAUUGAGCGGUUCAGUCCAAUUGUGCAGGGACUGCGAGAUCGCUCCAUUCAGCUACAAGUGGCAUGCAUGCAGCUCAUCAAUGCCCUAGUAACAUCUCCUGAUGAGCUGGACUUCAGGCUCCAUAUUAGAAAUGAGUUUAUGCGUUGUGGCCUCAAAGAGAUAUUGCCGCAACUAAUGACCAUCAGAAAUGAGGCUCUGGACAUUCAGCUGAAGGUUUUUGAGGAGCAUAAGGAAGAGGACAUGAUGGAAUUCUCUCAUAGAUUGGAAGACAUCAGGAGUGAAAUAGAUGAUGCGGGAGAUGUAUUCAGUAUCGUGUUGAGCAUGGUGAAGGACAGCAGUGCAGAGCCCUAUUUCCUCUCCAUCCUGCAGCACCUCAUGCUCAUUCGCAACGAUCACUUGAUCAGGCCCCAAUACUUUAAGAUCAUUGAUGAGUUCAUUUCUCAAAUUGUGCUGCAUCGCAGUGGCACUGAUCCCGACUUCAGUUACCGCAAGCGCCUAGAUGUGGACUUCAGCCACCUUUUGGAGGUGUGUGUGGACAAAGCUCGUGUUGAUGAGUAUGAACAACGAGCCUUAGAACUGGCACAGAAGUUCGAUGAAGAGUUUCUCAGCAGACAAGAGGCACAAGCUCAGCUAUCUAAGUGCGAAGAACAAAUCGCUGAACUCCAAGCAGAGUUACAGGCCUUCAGGUCCCAGUUUGGAUCAGUGCCUGCCGGUCUGACAUCCGCUAAGGCUGGAACAUCAUCACCAUCUCCUGCGUUCGCUUCUGUACCUCCAAGCUCUGGAUCUGGAUCAGGGGUGGCGUGUCCCCCACCGCCUCCGCCUCCUCCGCCUCCUCCUCCACCGCCUCCUCUGCCUGGAUGUCCUCCUGCACCUCCUCCACCCGGAAUGCCUCCUCCGUUUGGAGUCCCGCCUCCACCUCCUCCAGCCUUUACAGGUGGUUUCGGUUCCCCAACCCACCACACGCUGCCUUUUGACCUCAGGCCAAAGAAGGAAUUCAAGCCCGAGAGUUCAAUGAAGCGCCUCAACUGGUCGAAGAUUCGUCCACAGGAAAUGACAGAAGGUUGUUUCUGGGUGUUGGCUGAUGAGGACAAGUAUGCCAAACCAGAACUCCUCAACAGAGUUGCUCUUACUUUUGGCUCACAGAGAACAGAAACCAAAGAUUGUGAGGAGAAUGUAGUCACAGAGGAGCCACCUAAAAAAGAGGAAGAGGAUCUUGAGGAAAAGAAAUCCAUAAAGAAGAGGAUUAAAGAGCUCAAGGUGCUCGAUCCCAAGAUUGCACAAAAUCUCUCGAUCUUCUUGGGUUCCUACCGCAUGCCUUAUCAGGAAAUACGUCGCAUGAUAGUGGAGGUGGAUGAGGAUCAGCUCACUGAACCCAUGAUCCAGAACCUUGUAAAGCACCUCCCAGAGCAGGAACAGCUGAAUGCUUUGGCCAAGUACAAAAACGAGUACUCUAAUUUGUCAGAGCCUGAGCAGUUCGGGGUUGUGAUGAGCAGCAUGAAGCGACUCCGACCUCGCCUUAGCCACAUCCUUUUCCGACUCCAGUUUGAGGAGCAUGUAAACAACCUGCGACCAGGCAUCCUGGCAGUAAACGCAGCAUGUGAAGAGGUCAGAAAGAGCCGCGCUUUUGGCCGCCUGCUGGAACUGGUGCUUCUGCUGGGAAAUUACAUGAAUGCGGGCUCUCGAAAUGCCCAGUCAUAUGGAUUUGACCUCAGCUCCCUUUGCAAGUUAAAGGAUACAAAGUCUGCAGACCAGAAGACCACAUUACUGCACUUCUUAGCAGAAGUGUGUGAGGAACAGUUUCCUGAUGUGCUGACGUUUGUUGAUGAGCUGGAGCACGUGGAUCGAGCAAGCAGAGUCUCUGCAGAGAAUCUGGAAAAGAGCCUCAGGCAGAUGGAGAGGCAGCUGCUGCAGCUCGAGAGAGACCUGGAGACUUUUUCCUCCACCGAUGACCCUAACGACAUGUUUCUCACCAAAAUGGCUAGCUUUAGCAAAGUGGCGCAGGAGCAGUAUGGAAAGCUGGCGAUCAUGCACAGCAAUAUGGAGACCAUGUAUCAGAACCUGCUGGAGUACUUUGCCGUUGAUCCCAAGAAGACGUCUGUGGAAGAGUUGUUCACCGACCUCAGCAACUUCCGUUCCAUGUUCACACAAGCACUGAAGGAGAACUAUAGGCAGAGGGAGUUGGAGGAGAAGCAGAGGAGAGCGCGGGCCGCAAAGGAGAAGGCUGAGCGUGAAAAGCAGGAGAGACAGCAGAAGAAGAGGAGGUUACUGGAAGUCAAUGCAGAGAAUGAUGAGACAGGUGUGAUGGAUAGUUUGCUGGAAGCCCUGCAGUCUGGAGCUGCAUUCAGAGAGCGUAGGAAGAGAGCGCCAAGACCCAGAGAUAACUACCAGCAGACGAUCAGCCCCAGCUCCUUCCGCCAGGUUCUCAGACCCGUUAACUAUGAAAACAACAAGGCACCUUUGCAAAGGUCUCGCUCCCGGCAGAAUGUAAAUGCGAGCUCGGCGGCGUCAAAACCUCCCCCUGCCAAGGAGGUGGGCAAUGAAUCUGAAGGCCAUCCAUCUGUAGCCAGGGCCAAGGCUUCAGUCUGUUCUGAAGUGGGCCAAAAGUACAAAAACACUCCAGGUCACAGCCGCGGGCUGGACAGGGAGCGGGCGGCCGACAGAGAAGUGGUCAAGCCGGCUGAGAGAAAGCCAGAAACGAAAGCGGAGAGUCCAGGCCUCCAGACGGCCGCCGACGCCAACGGAGAGCCCGAUGUGGAGGCUCUACUGGCCAGACUCAGAGCGUUGUAAGAUCCAUUUCUCAUCACUGAAAGAAAAUGUUACAUCACAGCAAAAACUAAAUAAACAAAUGCUUUUCAUGUAAGCUAUGGAUUCUCCUAAAAACAUUAUCUCAAAGGACCAACAUUACUAAAAGGAGGAAGGAGGCGCGAGUCGCCACACAGUUAAUACAAUGAAAGUAAUGAGUCUGAAUACUCCGAUUUUAAUCCUUAAUGACAGAGAGGUAAUUAAAGACAUAAUUAUAUCCAAAAAGAUUUAGCAGAAUAUGAUCCUGAUAUGUGUACUGCCAACAUAGAUUCAUAUUAAUCAAAGAAUUGUAGCUUUCUACUGAUAGAUGUGACAUUGCCCAGCAGCUCUAUGUAUUCUAGAGAUGUGCAAUGUUACAGAAAACUUUCACAUUAGUGCUUUUUUUGAUUGUGCAUUAGAUGCUGGCCUUUGCAUGUUAGCAGUUUAACACGAUAAAUUAUAUUUGGUAAAAAUGUUUUACGCUUUAUUUUCUUCUACAAUAUAUGUACCUUUAUUUCUUUCUAAGAUUUUGAUAUAUUUUAUACUCAGAACCUCUAAGUGUAUAUAAAUAAAUAUAAAGGAUAAAGAAUUAAGCCAUGGUUAUACUUUAAUGGUACUUAAAUCAGGAUUCCUACACAAUAUUAAAAAGCCUCAAAGAACUGUAUUUUCUUUCAUAAUCAAAAUGUUUUUAUUUUCUAGAUUUUCUCCUUUCUUCCUU